AUGGCGUCCUACUCGGUCACCGUCUCGGUUGCGGGAACCAGCAUAAACAAGUAUCCUGCUGGGUCAGCUGGAUUCGACCUAGCUAUGGCUGACUCGUAUGAUCCAGGGAAACAGCAUGCCCGCAGAGUAGCCGCCUACCUGCCGAAGCAGCAGGGCCUCAUUUAUCUACCGGGCCAGCAGACGGUGUUGUCUGAAGACUCAGACCAGGCCAGGCCGUUUAAACAGCGCCGCUAUUUCUUUUAUGUGACCGGCGUCGUGGAGCCGGAUUGUCAUGUUACAUAUGACAUCGCGGAGGAUAAGCUGACGCUAUACGUGCCGGACUUUGACUUCAAGCGGACUAUCUGGACAGGUCCCACGCUGGGAAAAGAUGAGGCUAGCCAGAGGUAUGAUGUUGACCGAGUGGAAUACUUCUCCGCGUUGGAAGGCGAUGUUCUGCGUUGGUCCCAAGCGAACCCAUCGCUACCCAUAUAUAUACUACACCCAGACCAGCGGCCGGUAACUCCGCUGACGGUGGCGUAUCUCUAUGAGUCAAAGUCACUGAAGCACGCGAUGGAUGCGUGCCGGGUGAUCAAGGACGAGCAUGAAAUCCAAUUGAUCCAGCGAGCGAACCGCGUCUCUGGGGCAGCUCAUCGGAGCAUUCUAGCUAAUCUGCACCAUUUCAAGAACGAGGCGCAGAUAGCCGGUCUCUUCAUUGAUGUCUGUCUGUCCCUGCGCUCGAAAGGGACGGCAUACCAGACAAUAGCAGGCUCGGGAUCUAAUGGUGCAACGCUGCAUUACACCCGCAACAAUGAACCGCUGGCUGGCCGACAGAUGGUUGUACUUGAUGCCGGUGCUGAAUGGAGUUGCUAUGCAAGCGACGUGACACGAUCGUUUCCUAUCCCUUCAAGCGUAAGCGGGGGAAGAGACUGGCCAAGUCGUGAGGCUGAACAAAUCUACGCCAUUGUUCAGCGCAUGCAAGAAGAAUGCAUCAGUAGAGUAAAAGAGGGGACUUUGUUCUUCUCAAUCCAUCAGCACGCUCACGCCAUCGCACUGGAGGAAUUACUCAAGCUAGGAAUACUGCGUAUCCCCCAGGGUUCGACCAAGGCCGACCUGAUCAAGGCAGAAGUGACAGCUCUCUUCUUUCCGCAUGGUCUAGGUCACCAUCUUGGCCUGGAAGUGCAUGACGUCUCACCCGAUAGCGGCACCAUACCUGUCGAGCUUGCUAUAGAACGGGAGAAAGGACUAAUGAGUGUCACGGAACAUCGACCGCCGUGCACGCUCUCUGCACCACCAUUGGCGUCUGGAAUGGUCAUCACCGUGGAGCCAGGGCUGUACUUUAACCGGCUGGCCAUCGACCAGGCACGAGCUGAGCGAGACGAGCCCAACUCGAAAGGCAGGUUUGUCAAUUUCGAUGUAGUGGAACGGUAUGUGGAUGUUGGAGGCGUGCGUAUCGAGGAUGAUGUACUUGUUACCAAGGAUGGUAACAAAAACCUCACCGAUGCACCUAAGGGGAAGGAGAUGCUUGAUUUGAUUUAUGGCAGGUAA